AUGGACGACGGUCCACCCCCACCCCCUCCACCACCCCACGGCACCAAGCCGAACACCACCCACGGUGAAUACCGCAAAACCUCCGAUCUCCCGCCGGGGAAUUACGACAUCUUCAUCAUCCCGCCGCACUCCGCAGGCUCCGGCUUCCUCUACCUCCCCUCCCUGCAGACCCAGCGCAACAGCUUCAUCGCCGGCUGCGUCUCCACCCUCCUCGCCAUGCUGGUCUGGGUGGCCGUCUCCCCGAUCCUGAAGUCGUGGUACGCCGCCACCGUCGCCAGCGGGAAUGGCAUGGGGAUCGCCAUUCUGGCGGUGGGUGUGGGUGUGGCUGGGUGGGCGUUUGGCGCUGCGCAGGCUGGUACUGGCGGCAGCGGCGGUGGUGGUGACGGGGGCAGCGGAGGUAGUAAUCGCGGGAAGCGGGGAGGUUUUGGAUUCGGUGGGGGAGGGGGAGGGGGCUUCGGAGGAGGCGGAGGCCCGGGUCCUGGGGGAGGUGGAGGUGGAGGUGGAGGUAAUGAUUAUGCGCGCGGAGGGAACCAGGGCUAUGGGAGAGCGCCGGGUGGGGGACAUCAGCAACAACACUAUGGGGGAGGCGCAUACAAUAACAACGCGGGAGGAGCAGCACCUCCACCACCACCACCACCAGGAGGAGGUGGAGGACCUUACGGAGCAGGAGGAGGACAUCAGUACCAACAACAGCAAGCAGGAGGACCACCACCGCAGUCAUCACCGCCGCCACCACCACCACCACCUCAGCCCGAGCCUGAACCUACCCCGUCAGCCUCAAGCAAGCCCUCUAGUGGCGCAGACUGGGAGAAAGCCCGCGAAGAAACGCGACGCAAGGAAGAACUCCGGCGCAAGAUGGAAGCCUUCAAGCGCAAGCGCGAAGCCGAGCAGCGCGAGAAGCAGAAGCAGCGCGAGCGCGAGGCGAUGGAGCGCGAACUGCGCGAGCGACGCGAACAGCUCGAGAAGGAGAUGGCCGCCGCCAAGGAAGCCGCCGCGCGCGAGGCCCGCGAGCGCGCUGAGAAGGAAGCCGCCGAGGCCCGCGCGAAAGCGGAGCGCGAGGCCGCCGAAGCGCAGGCCCAGCGCGAAGCCGCCGAGGCCAAAGCCAAGGCCGAACGAGAGGCCGCCGAGGCGAAGGCGCGCGCCGACCGUCUGGCGGCGCAGGCGCGCGAGCGCGAGCAACGGCGAGCGGCCGAGGCCAAGGCCCGCGCGGAGCGCGAGGCAGCAGAGGCCCAGGCCAAGGCGGAGAAGGAGGCAGCGGAGAAAGAAGCCGCCGCCAAAGCCGCCGCCAAGAAGGAGGCAGAUGCCAAAUUCGCGGCCCUCAAGGAGGCCGCCGCGAAGAAAUACGCCGAGAAAAAGGCCAAAGACGCGCAGGAGGCCGCCGCGGCUGCCAAAGCGAAAGCAGCACCAGCAGCACCAGCAGCAUCUGCAACAUCGGCUCCACGGACCCCAUCCCCGACCAAGAAACCCCCCACCACCUCACGAACCACAUCCUCCGCCACCGCCGACGACGACGCCCACUCCUUCCGGCCCUACGACCGCGUCCGCCGCCCCUACGGCACGGCCACGACAACAACCACCUCCAGCUCCUCCGUCUACUCGGAAUCCUCCUCGUACGCGCCCUCCCAAUCCACGGCGCGCACCGACCCCCCGCCCCCGCCGUCCAACCGGGGGUCCUACGCGACAAAGGACCCCGAUAAAGUCGUCGUCCACGGCGUCUACGCCUUCAACAACGCCUUCCUCCGCACACCGGUGGCGCAACUCGUCGCAGGCCAGGGGAUGGUCUCCGACGGGCUCGUGCUGCGCAUCACAACGGAGGGACUGUUCAUCGACGACGACGUCCGCGGCGUGGGCCAGCGCGAGUGGGACGUGAAAGCGUGGACGAUGAAGCUCGUCGAGGUGUGGUGCCCGCGCUACGCGGCGCAACACCCGCACCCCCCGCGCGGCCCGCCCCCCGGCCCCUUCACGAAACGCACCAACGAGCCCACCGCCGAGGAGUCGGACGCCUACCUCGCUAAUCUGCUGAAGGUGUGCAAGAACACGUGCCGUCUGGCCACCCCGGCCAAGCCCGGUGGGGGAUUGCACGUGCUGCGGGCGUCGGUGCGCGACCAGGAAGGGAAACGGUAUGUGUUCGUGCUGCAGGAGACCGAGGGGUGGAAGGUGGCCAUUGGGCUGCAGCGCUUGCGGCGCGGCACCUUGUCCCGCGCGCUGGGCGUGUCCGGCUUGGCGGCUAAUGAGACGAAGACGGUGUUGGCCGGGUUGGGGUAUUGAACUCGCGCGCUGUGCCCUAGUCGGCUGAGGUACGGUGCAGUAUGUACAGGAUGUACGGUACCGAAGCUAUGGUAUCGGUGACCCUGCUUCUCGUUCUCGUUCUCAAUGUGGGUAAUAGUGAUGAUGAUGACUGCAUGAGCAUUUGGCCUGCCUGCGCCUGUUGUAUGCAUUGCACUGCAUGGCGAUGAUGUUGAUACUACUUACUCCCUCCACCCCCCCCUCUCUCCUCUUUCUACCAUUUGGUUUGAUUGCUUUCCGCGUUCUGAGUGCUUUGCUUCAGAUAUCCCCCCCUUCGUUUUGAUGAUCUUGGCUCGGCUUGUUGGGCUUGAGAUACCGACCGCUGAGUUAGUCUUCUCUCGCUCG